AUGCCCACCCGCGUACUUGUCACUGGGGCAUCUGGAGUACUCGGAAGUGCAGUAUUCAAUGCAUUUAAGCACUCGGGCGGCUUUGAUGUCACUGGAAUCGCCCAUACGCGCGCGACUGACGGCCUCCAAGUCGUUGACCUCCUCAAAAGGGACAGUAUGGAGACGUUCAUCAAGCAGACUGAUCUCGGGGAAGGUGAUUGGUGUAUACAUUGUGCUGCUGAAAGAAGGCCUGAUGUAGCAGAAAAGAAUCCUGAGCAGACUCAACAGCUAAACUCUUUUGUUCCCGGUCUAUUAGCGCGGCUUUCAGCGGAACGAGGCUUCAAGCUCGUCUAUAUCAGUACGGACUACGUCUUUGACGGCACUUCUCCUCCGUACUCUCCUAAAGACCGCACAAACCCACUCCAGCUGUACGGGAAAACGAAACGAGAUGGAGAGCUUGCAGUUCUCGGCAUCAAAGACUCGAAGCAUGUUGUACUACGCGUUCCAAUUCUCUAUGGUCCUGCCCCCAAGAACGGGGACUCUGCGAUCAAUAUCCUCCUCGAUGUAGUCGCAGAUCAAUCGGGUAAACGAUACACGAUGGAUCACUUCGCCACAAGAUAUCCCACAAAUGUACUGGAUAUCGCGAAUUUCCUAGUGCGUCUGACCGCUUUACACCGACCUUUACCAACCAUUCUUCACUACUCAGCCGGAGAGCCAUUUACAAAGUAUGAGAUAUGUCUCAUCUUCUCGCAGUUGCUUGGGCUGCCUCAUGAUCAUAUCGUACCUCAGUCCACAGCACCAAACGACGGCACCCCACGACCAGUCAACACUCAACUUGACGUCCGAGAAACAGAGGCACUGUUUGAGCAUUCAGGUUCUGAGGGUCUGGGUUGGAAUCCGUUUGAAGAGUGGUGGAGCUCUCACUUGAAUGUGAAACCCGCUUGA